AUGACCUCCACCCUCACAGCUUUGCUCUGCCUCGGGCUGAGUCUGGGCCCCAGGACCCAUGUGCAGGCAGACACCCUCCCUAAACCCAUACUCUGGGCUGAGCCAGACUCUGUGAUAACCCAGGGGAUCCCUGUGACCAUCUGGUGUCAGGGGACCCUAGAUGCCCAGGAGUACCUACUGGACAAAGAAGGAAGAUCAAGGACCUGGGGCAGACAGAAACCACUGGAGCCUGAGAACAAGGCCAGGUUCAAUAUCUCAAUCAUGACAGAGCACCAUGCGGGGCUAUAUCACUGUCGCUAUCAUAGCCCUGCUGGAUGGUCAAACCGCAGUGAUGCCCUGGAGCUGGUGGUGACAGGAUUCUACAGCAAACCCACCCUCUCAGCCCUGCCUAGCCCUGUGGUGACCUCAGGAGGAAACGUUACCUUCCAGUGUGGCUCAAGGCUGAGAUUUAGCAGGUUUGUUCUCAUUAAUGAAGAACGUGAUCUCUCUUGGACUCAGGACUCACAGCAACACUCAUAUAAGUCCCAGGCCCAGUUCUCUGUGGGCCCCGUGACUCCCGGCCACACAUGGAUGUUCAGGUGCUAUGGCUAUCGCAGGACCACUCCUCAGGUGUGGUCCAUCUCCAGUGACCCUGUGGAACUCCUCAUCUCAGGAGCACCUGUCACCAUCACUCCCUCACAGAACAAGUCAGAUGCCAAGCUUGCCCCACACCCCCAGAAUCACACCAUGGAGAAUCUCAUCCGCAUGUGCAUGGCUGGCUUGAUCCUGGUGGCCCUCGGGAUUCUACUGUUUCAUGAAUGGCACGGCCAGAGAAGCCCCCAAGAUGCCACCAGGAAGUAACUCCAGAGACAGCAAUGCACCAUCCAGAGUGGGAGAGCCUUGAAAGUAACUCUGAUGCUCCCAGGAGGUUCUGGAAGAAAUUCUAAGGCACGUGCUAUCUGGACUGUCUGCUGGUUAUUUCCAGAGGGAGGGACGCUGUCUGGAGUGUGUGUG